AACGAGGCCCUAUCGUCAUGUCCGUAAUGUUAAACGGAAACUGGCGAGUUCACAAAACAGAGAAAAGCUGCGAGGGGGGAUGCUCGGAUAAAUUAAAAUUGAAAUAGACCAACAGAGUAACUAAGGAACUGUUUUCAGUUGCUUAUUUUUUAUAUAGCGCUACCGACGGAAGAGCCACAGCAAUGUCUGCCCAAGCUCAAAUGAGAGCUUUGCUCGACCAGCUCAUGGGAACAGCGAGGGACGGUGAGUCUCAGUAGCAUGCUAGCUGAGCUAACUAGCUAGCCAAGAUGGAGCCACAGCUGAGGCUGGCUGGUGUUGGCGUGUGAUGGACAGACCUGCAUGAAUGGAUGUACUGCAGAGGGCUGUGUUAAAUACAGUAUCAUUACACUUAAUUAGCUUUUAUUGAUUAAUGUUAGGAUAUAAUGUUUGCAUCCACAUUGGCUAAUUGUGUUAAAAAUACAUUUUUAGUUUCGGUUUAACACUUUUAGCGCUUGCCGAAUCUUAGCUCGUAGCUAAGUUAGCUAAUGCUAGCAUUAUGUUAAUUGUGAAGUUCUGGAGCAGUCAGGCGCCAUGCUAAUGACUGUUGGUCUGUAUACAAGUUAUACCUGGCACUUUUCAAUUAAUUUUAACUCUACUGAUCGAAUUCCAUAAUAAUUUAGUUGAGACGCUUUUAGCACACAAAUGGGCUUGACGUCGUAUUAGGCCCAUUAUUAGCGUUAAAUGCCGCCUUAACAGUCGACUAAAUGAACCGUGUUAUUCACCUGGUACACUGGAUGAGCCAGAAUGCUCAAGGUCAGGCAUGUAGUAUGCCUUGUAAUAUUACCACAUUGUAACUCCACAGAUAUCAGAAAAUUAAUUUCACAUUUAAAGUUGCCGCUUAUCAUUCCUUCAGUUUACAGCUUUGGAAAUAAUGAUUGGACCACCUGUUGUUGUGUUUUUCCAGUUUAUUUCUUUUUUAUAAAGUCUCUUCAAUAGUCUUGGUAGUUUUGUUUUAAUUUCAUUAUACGGACUAAAAAAACUCCAGCAUCUUCUAAGAGACUUGUGAAAUGAAUAUAAUAGUCAAGUACUUAUAUCAGAAUCAGAAUGCGGUUUAUUGCCAAGUAGGUUUUUACUCUUGCAAGGAAUUUUCUCUCGUGCUCCUGGUGCAAUUGCAGAUAAAUUAAAAUAAAAUAAGAUAGUAAGUAAAGAGAUGUAAGAAAUAUGGAAAAAAUAGACAAGGUAUGUACAGUUACUACGCAGUAGUAACGAUUAUAGAUAUUAAUACUGUUAACUCAUCGAAGUUUACACUAAAUGGAUCAGUAUUUUUGGGAUCACUGUUAUUUUGUCUGUAACCUGGAAAUAUAAAAUCCACAGAGAAUUCAUACUAAAUCAUCACUCAAGAAGAUGUCUAGAUGCUGAACAAAGAGGGAUACAGUGAGAGUAAUUUCUAAUUGGCUUAGAAUCAGCAAAACACCUGAAGAAGAUGGUGCAAUAUGGCUCUACUGAGAACCACAAAGGAAGAGGCAGAAAAUAAUCAUCACAGUAAUCUAACAAUUAUUUCCAAAGCUGUAUUUUUAAAAUAUUGCAAAUAAUACUUUGUCAGUAGUGUUUCAGUAGUUUAUCUGCUUUAAGGUGGAGCUAAUAUUAGUUACUUAAAUACAUUUGGAUGCAUAAUGUCAGUACACGGCAUCGUAUAUUAAAUUAAUCAUGCAAUUUGUGCCUAUUAUGUUGAUCAGCUAUGUAAUCUGUAGCUGCUGCUGUCACUAGGGAGUAAAAAUAAACUUGCCUCAGGAAAUUUACAUGAAUGCAAGUGUAAGUUCAUGCAGUGUAGAAAUACUCAAGUAAAAAGAUCACACCUGAUUUUAAAAGUUUUCGUCUUAGCUGGUUGCUCCUGAAAUGCAGACUGUAUCGGUUUUAUUGCUUAGUUAUAAUACAAUAGUUAUGUUUAUAUGAUAAGUAUAUGGUUGUCUGAAAUGAUUACAAUAAAGCUAUUGUUGUAGCUUAAAGCCAUUUGGAUACAAACAUUAAUCGGUAAAUCAGCUGUCUGCUCUGAAUGUUCUGGGCAGAAAAGGGCAGCUUAUUGCCACCCUGCCAUUUUAUACAUCAGAGUUUCAUUCUGACAGUUGUUUGGAUAAAAUUGCAGCCCUGUGGAUCAUCUUUUAAUAAGUUAAUAAUUCGGUCUGUACAGUAAGAGUGCAUUUGUGUUGUGAGUUUGUGGGUGUAUGUGUGAUGAAAUUGAUAUCAAAUUCUUCCCAUACAUUUGUUGCAUACAAACUGAACAAUUGUGGCCCCUUUAUUUUAUUCAUUAAGGUUCAGUGUAUCUUUGCCAGCCUACAUCAAUCUGCAAAGGAGUUGCAGAAAAGCCUCAUGUUCAUCGAGCCGUAUGGGCAAGAAAACUGUUCCCAUUUAUACUUUUCUACAGCGGGUUUAAAAUACUGCAGCUGAGGUCUUGAAGAUGCAGAAGGGUACAGUAUGUGGUGCAGAUCGCAGUGUGUAUAAACUACUUUUUUUUUCCUUGGAUUUAUUUUUGCAUUUUUUGUUUUGUAUUUUCUUUCAAUGUUUCAUAUUUGUAAAGGCUUGGCUGGUAUAUUUGUAUGAAACUUUGAGAUUUUUAUUCAUAGUCUCAAUAGCCAUCUUUCAUGCAUACAAAAUUAGAAUAUCUCUUUUGACACUAGAACACUGAAACGCUUGUCUUGUAGUAUUUUUUACAUUGUGUUGAACUCCGCUUAGCCCAGUCCUUCGAUGCUCCACAUUUACAAAGUGGACAUUAGUCUCACACCAAGAUAAACUGAGUUCAACCUCUAACAGUCUCACAUUUUUAAUAAGGUUUGGGUAAGGUAAGGACCAAGAAUUAUUGGACGUAUCACACACAUCUAUAGCCGCUAGAGGCACAAGUCCUCAAUUAAUGUGAAAUGUAAUUUUACAUUAUUGAAGUUUAAUGAAAACUCUAGCAAUUGGUAAUAUAAUUGUGUUUUACUCAUGUACAUGGGCACAAAAUAUUUAAAUGCAAUAAUGGUGACACACAUUUGCCAAAUGAAUGUCCUGUAAUUGCCAUAAUAUAACUUAAAGCACUGGAUGCUUCGCCCCUGUUACCAAGUAUGUGAGGUCAUUCUCACUGUUUAUUUUUUUGGACUGUUUCAGGAGAUGAGACGCGGCAGAGGGUCAAGUUCACUGAUGAGCGAGUCUGCAAAAGUCACCUUCUCAACUGCUGUCCACAUGACAUCCUGUCUGGAACUCGUAUGGACCUGGGGGAGUGCACAAAGAUCCAUGACCUGGCACUACGAGCAGAUUAUGAAAUUGCAUCCAAGGAGAGGGAUCUUUUCUUUGAGCUUGAUGCGGUGGAUCAUCUGGAGUCAUUCAUUGCUGACUGUGACCGAAGGACAGAACUAGCCAAGAAGCGCCUUGCUGAGACCCAAGAAGAAAUCAGUGCUGAAGUGGCAGCAAAGGCAGAGAAGGUGCACGAGCUGAAUGAGGAAAUAGGAAAACUCCUGGCCAAGGCUGAGCAGCUCGGAGCAGAGGGCAACGUUGACGAGGCUCAGAAGGUCCUGCAGGAAGUGGAGAAAGUCCGCACCAGGAAGAAGGAUGCAGAGGAAGAAUACAGAAACUCCAUGCCGGCCUCCAGCUUCCAGCAGCAGAAGCUUCGGGUGUGUGAGGUGUGCUCUGCUUACCUGGGCCUCCAUGACAACGACCGUCGUUUGGCCGACCAUUUUGGUGGAAAACUUCAUCUUGGCUUCAUCCAGAUCCGAGAGAAACUGGACCAGCUAAAGAAAACUGUGGUGGAUAAGCAAGAGAAGAGAAACCAGGAGCGCUUAAAGAGACGAGAAGAGAGGGAGAAGGAGGAAAGGAUGAGGAGGAGGACCAGGUCACGGAGCAGAGAGCACAGAAGGUCUCGUUCUCGCGACCGUAGAAGGAGGCGCUCACGCUCCUCUUCACGAGACAGGCGCCGCUCACGCUCCAGGGAGAGGAGGAGGCGGCAUCGCAGCCGAUCUCGCUCACGCAGCAGAGGACACCGUCACAGCCACGAGCAGAGCUCCAGACACAAGUCGUCCAGGGACCGAGAGCGCUCAUCCAGAGACCGGUCACGGGAGCGGGACAGGAGGGACGGUAUGAACGGCAGGUCGGACGCCCGCCGGGCAGACGACAGGGACACAGGGGACCUCUGAAGACCAAACUCCAUCCACCACGACACACACAGCCUCCCCCCCGUCUCUCUUUCUCACCCGUCUGUCCAUUUAUAAUAACCUAAUGUUACACACAGUCCUUGCCUUGAUCCCUCUGUUCUCCCGCCUGCCUCCUUUCUUUGCUUUAAUCGUCAAUGCAGCCGAUCCAGAGUCUUCACAUAACUGAAAUAUUGUAUGGAGUCACUUUUCUAGUAUCCACAUCCAUCAGAUUGCAUUGGGAUUAUGGAGGUUGGUUAUUGAUCAGUAGUGGAGUGUGCUGUAAUACCCACAUCUGCAAUUUGGUGGCUGUCUGUAUCCAGUCCAUCCCAUGUCUUGUUAUAAACUUCCCUACAAGAAGCCCAGUAGUAAACGCAAAUACGAGCUGGUCUGCUGGACUGGAGCAUAAAAUAUAACUGAUCCAUAUUCUUUUAUUAUUAACUGAUGGUCUUUUGAUAAAGAGUUUGUCUGUAAAUAUCUUUUGCGUUUACUGAUUGUCAUGGUCUGAAAAGCCUUGUCCUAUCAAGUAGUUUCUCUCCCCUCUCCCCUCUAAAGAGUUCUUUUCACUGUCUCAUGGUGAAGUGCAGGUCUCGAAUGUCCACAUAAUUGUGUCCAGUAAAUACUUUUCUAAAUGCCCACUUAAAGUUUUAGGGAUUCAAAUUUAAAACGCCAAGGUUUUAAAAUUUCCUAGAGUUAGCGUCAAACCUCCUGUUAUCCUUUUUCUUUUCUAAUCAGGUUUUAGUUUAUGCUUCCAGUAGUGAAGGGAAUCUAUCUGGUCCAGAGUUUGACCAGUAUAAGUACAUGAUUGUUAUGAAUUGUGUUGGUGGUAAGUCUCUUGUUUUAUAAUUCAUUUCUCUUUUGAUUUACUUUUAUUUAACAUAAUGAAAAUAAAUGGUAUGUUCAGAAUUAGUGUUGGCAUGUGAAGCAGCAGGUUCAGACACACGACAUUGAAAAUCCAAUGUUUAAGUUGCACACACCUUUGAAUGAAGUCACAAAUCCGAAUAUUGGCCCAACUUUGGCUAGAAUUAUCAAAAGCAAACCGAUUUUAAUGGAUGCACUGCUUUACCUAAUGUGCGAAGUCAUAUGUUUAUGUUCUGCUGGAAAAUUUUUCUUUAAAGUCUCAAUUAAAAAAAAAUCCCAUCAUUUGAA